ACAGGUGAAAGAAUCCCAGUAGCAAAAUACGUGUAAUCUUUAAUGCACAGUAGCUUCAUUUGCAGGAAGUAGGAAGUCUCGUCCUCGCUGUUAAAUACUUUUGAAUUCAAUCAUAAAAUUCUUUUUUUAUUCGUGUUUGCAUGUAUUUCAUUUUGUUUCAUUUAGGAGUUCAGUGGUAACUUGAUGUGCGAAUUUAAUUAAUAUUUCUUCACGGUGAGUUGGUAUCAGCUGAUCAGACAUUACGACUUCAGAGAGAAAUGCCGGCUGCCUUAGAAGCCAUGACACUUUUCAUCGCACUCUUUUUUAUUCCCAGCGUCACUGGACAGUUCUGGGUCUCUGCCCCAAAACCCGAAGUGACUGCGGCUCUUUAUUCGGACGUACUGCUGCCAUGCAAGUUUUCUUUGGAAAAGCCUGAACAUCAGAUAAAGUACGUCGCAGUGAUCUGGAGACACAAAAACAAGCAGCUGGCCGCGUGCACGUUUGAAAGAAUAACACACAGCAUCAAGGUAGAACUGAAAAAAAGUGAUCUAGAGAGGAAUAACGCGUCCCUGCUUCUGAAGAAUGUCUCCAUUGAUGAUGAAGGGGUCUAUGAGUGCUACGUUUUAGAGGCUCCAAACGAAGACAAGGGCAAUGUCCGCGUCAGAGUUACAGCUGCUCCUCACAUCUCUCUGAAGCCAUCCCUGGUUGAGACAGAUGUACCAACUACAGUGGAAUGCAGUGCCAAGAACUUCUACCCUGGAAAUAUCACUCUGGAGUGGCUGGUGGAUUCAACACCUCUACUUAAUCAGGAACAUCAGCAGUUGUACCCUAAUCCGGAUGGCACUUUUAAUGUGGUGAUACAAUACAACAUAACAGCAGGUGGAGGUCAGCUGUCCUGUCGGGUUAAUCAUGAAUCUCUGGAGGGAAGGCCUCUGGAGAAAUCGCUACAAAUCUGCAAGCCAUCACUCUCGGUGUCACACAGAACUCUCUUGAGGAGCAAGAAGCAGAAUGUGACAUGUAAGCUGGAUGGCUGCCUUUUCAGUCAAGUCAACAUCAGCUGGAUUCACAAUAGCACCACUUAUAAUGAAUCGAAUUGCAAAAAUGCUACAGAGUGUUCAGGCACAGUGGCCUUAAUGCUUCCCCAUGAAGAAAAUGAAUUGAAUUUCACUUGUAAGGCUGAAGUGGAGGGGUUAAACAAGCUGGUUACUGAAGAUGUCACCUUUAGUCUUGAAGGUGCAACCAUGCCUGAGAACAAGAGGAACAGGAUCUUGGCAUUCGUAGUUGCAGCAGUAGUUGUAAUAGUAGUAGUACUACUACUAUUUAAACUAUGUCACAAGUCCUCCACCGCUGGCACUGAAAGAGGGGCAAUCUCCACACCAGAUGGUGGGAAUUCAAUUCGUCCAAUGCAGAGAACCAUCCAAAAUGAGAGUCGAAUAGAAAGAUCCCCGCUCUUGAAAAGUAGAACAGGUGGAGAGGCAACGUUCAGAAAGCGAAAUGCUACAAAAAAGGGUAAAACCAAACAAAAUCACACAGGCCAAGAAAAAUAUCAAAGGAAAGGACACUAGCAUAUAUCAGUCACUCUGAAGAGUCUGUGGUCCAUUGAACUGUCAGCUGUUUUUUUUCCACCCCCCCUCAUUUUCAGUGUUAUCUGCCUAGCACUGCUCCCCAAAAAGUUUUAGGUACUUACAGGUUAAGAGUUUUUGUCUCCUACUUGCCUAAGAAACCAGCCUUUUUUUUUUGAAAGUACACAAACCCUCAAUAGCCAUAUGUGGAUUAGAGCCCAAAAACUGUGCAGCAGCAGCAAUGACCACCAUGCCACCCAAAUCUUUAUCUAGCUUUAUCCCAUAUCCCAAAGGCAUGCAGAUAGGUUUGAAUGUUGAUUCUAAAUUGGCCCACUAAAGGUGUGUUCAUGAUUGGAUUGUGCCUUGUUGCUGGUACAGCAUGGAAAGGUUUUGCUGCUUGUAAUAAAUGUGUAAAUAACAUUAAUUAACACCUGGGGCCUCAUUUAUAAAAUUUUGCAUGAAUUUGAUUGUAGAAAUGUGCGCAUGCCUAAAAACAGCACAAUGCAUAUGCUAAGCAAAAAUCAGAUUUAUAAGAAAUGGCAUACACACAUUUCUUCACACUUAACCUUUAUAAAUCACAAUGAUCUUCUAAAUAUCCAUUUGUGAAUGCAACUCAAUGCUAAUCAGCCUCAUACAUAUGCAAUCACAAUGUCCGCAGACAUUAAUUGGCUGGUAGAGCAGCUUCCCACCUGAUGCAUCAAGACCCCUCCACCUGCAUUCAAGACUAUCUGCCUUUGGUCCACAACUGAGCAUGCAAGACCAUGAGUGGUGUUAUAGCUUGUUUCCUCUGCCUUCUGAGGGUCCAGGAAAGGCAUAAGGUGCCAGCAUCUGAGAAGGAUGCCACUAUUACCCAGCUCAUGUAAUGAUGGGAUUGCUGUUACAAUGAAUAGCACAGGCAAUAUGAAAAACUGAGGGUUCAGCCAGUUAGUUACCUUACCAGCAAGCCAUUCACCACAUACAGCACCAUCAUGUCUGCCAAAGCUAGUAUGCCUCAAAAUAAAUGAAUCACGGGUAGACCCAGGCCAUGGAGACAUGAUGGUUGACAGUCUCAUCUUGGCAUUACAUAUGACUUAAUGGUGCAUUAAUGGAAUGUAACUGUUUACAGUUACUCAAAGCAGCUUCAUUCUUGUUAGAUGACCUUAUUGCAAUAAGAGUGCAGUAAAGUGAUCUGAUUAUAUUAGGAGAACCGAACACUGCUGCAAAUAGCCUUUUAAUGCUGAAACAAAUAUGUUAUACUUUAAUGUAUGUACACCCACGCCACACAAAAACUGCAUGUAGCACCUCAUCAGUUAGUUAAUACCUUGUCCAGCAGCAUUAGAUCAGCUAUUAAGAAGGCAAAUAAUAUCUUAGGUUAUAUUGUAAAAACUGUUGCAUAUAUUCAAAGGACUUUAUGCUCCGACAAUAUGAUACACUAGUGAGACUGCAUCUGGACUGUGAGACUGUGUGCAGUUCUAGUCAGCCAACUCCAAGAAAGGCAGCAGUACUUGAAGUUGUGCAGGUAAGAGAACUAAGUGUUGGCCAGGACAUGUUGUACUCUGACAGCCUCAGAGAAUUAAGGUUGUAUAGUCUCAAGCAAAGCAGAGCAGACUGCAUGGGGUCCGAAUCCAGUUCUUCAAAAAUCUCAAAAGGCAUUGAUAAAGUACAUCCAGUAGAAUUUUUCAACUUAGCGGUUCAUUGCGUAUUCGAGGACAACAAUAGAAAUGAAUGACGUCAGAAAGCACUUCUUUAUGUAAAGUGUUGAAGGAAUCCGGAACAAUCUACUAAUACAGGGGUCCUUAAUCACGGUCCUGGAGGGCUGCAGUGGCUACAGGUUUUCAUUCCAGCCAGUGUCCUAUUAGAACUCAGUCCUUGCUGAUAAUCAAAGCUGGUGUUUAACUCUAGUUUUGUUAGUACCUUUAUUCAUCAAAGACACAUUUUAGUUCCUUUGUAGAUCAGAGGUCCUCAGUUACAGUCCUGGAGCUCUGCUAUGGCUGCAGGUUUUCACUUUAACUAAUUUCUUAAUUAAAACCCUUUUAUUUUCUACUAAAGCAAUACAUUUUUUGAGCCUAAUUUUAGUUCUCUUGCCUGUUACCAUUCAGAAUCCCUAAUUGCCUAUUUUAGAUUUUAGAAGCAGCAUUUUAAGUUUUAAUUGUUGCCUGUUUUCUUAAUCAGACAUUAGUAAAUAAUGAGAUGCAGAGAACCAAUAAACCAGUAGCUCUCCGGCUAAUGUGCUUACUUACCAUGAAGUAUUUGUGAUAAAAAAAUGUUUAGAAAUGAAUGAGAGGGGAAUUUGAAGGACCAUUAAGUUAAAAUCUAUUCUGGUCCACAAAACACAUGGAUAAUGUUCUCACAGAAGGAAACUCUACAGUGCAAUUCAAAUUGCUUUUGGAUGAAUACAAGCAUUAACAAGCUAAAUAGUUCAAUAGCAAGUUUCAUUAUCAGCAUGGACUGCUUUCUAAUUAGGAAACUAGCUGGAAUAAAAACCUGCAGCCACUGCGGCCCUCCAGGACUGUGAUUGAGGACCCCUGUACUAAUAUAUGACGCUGAAGCUGAAACACUGACCACCUUUAAGAAGUAUGUGGAUAAGAUAUUGAGACAGCUUAGCUAUUAGUUUAACAAAGUAGCUCAAUGGACUGAAUGAUUUUGUCUCAUUUGUUAGAUUUCUUAUGUUUUAAUGUUCAAGGCAGUGCUGGAUGGAUAGUUUAGCAGUCUAUUGCAGGACCCACUAACAUACUGAUUGAUCCUGGGACAAAAUACAGAGUCACUAAUUCAUCUAGACCAGUGUUUCCCAAACUCGGUCCUGUGGCCCACUGUAGCUGCAGGUUUUUGUUCCAACCAGAUUCCUAAUCAGUGACAACACCUAAUAACACUGAGCUCAUUUAAUUAGCUGGUAUUUUUUUUCUUUUAUUCUACAUUCAGAAAAGCUCAGCAGCGUGAUUUUUACAUUCAUAAGACAUUUAGAAAUAUUUCUGCUUUUGCUAUUAUUUAAAUGCUUAACCCUUUUGUUGAUUUCAUUAUAUUUUGCCCUUCCUGUGCAGUUUUUCCAAGUUUGUUGUAUCUUAUUAAUGACAAUUAAAAAUGAACUACUUUAGCAUCAGACCCACUAACUAGUAAAUAAUUGAUUAAUUAAACAAUUAGGACACCUAGAAAAGUAGAAUGAAAAUCAAAAUACAUUAUUCCCAUAUAAUUGCUUGGUACAUUUUAAUUUAUAUAUAUAAAAUUGUGACAGAUUGUGGUCUUUCGACCCCUUGAACCCUCAGACCACUCUUCAGACACCAGGUAAAAGUCAAAUAAUUAUUUAUUUGGACACUAAUAAAGUGCACAAAGCACCUACACUCCACAAUACUCAUAUAAUAAAUCAAUAAUCAAUACAAUAAACAAUCAAUACAAUCCUCCACUCCCAGACGCGUUGCCACCCUUCCACCCAACUCAGCUUGACCUCUGGGAUUUCCCACAGUCCUUUUAUAGUCCUUGACCCGGAAGUGUUUCGCCCUCUCUGUCCACGUGACUAGGAGCACUUCCGGGUCAGAUAAAAAUCCUUUUUCUUCACCCCGGAAGCACGCCAUUCCUCCUGUCCAUGUGACUUGGAUGUACUUCCGGGGCGUAGGGCCAAUAAUCCUUGUUCCUCCCUGCAGCGUCCCCUAGUGGCCCCCACAGCAUCCAGCAGGGUUGGGGAUAAAAUCUGCAUUGUCAAGAAUUCCCUGCUGGCAUUUGGGGCACCUCCAUGCUGCAGGGAGGGCUCCACCUGGCGGCCUGGGGGUAUUGGCCGGGAUGAACGGCCGGCCACAUAUCACAAUAUAUACAUUUUUUUUUAACCAAACUUAGUUUUCUAAUUUCUAUAUUGUUCCCAAAACACGGAACUUGGGAAAUAACACAUUACUUAAUUAGCCCAGGAGUCCAAUUAAAAACAGAAGCUGGUUGGAACAAAAACCUGCAACCACAGUGUGCCCCCAGGACCGAGGUUGGGAAACACUGAUCUAAAGUGUAUAUCUUUAAGAAGAAAAACACACGUAAACUUUAUGGUGCUAAAUUGUGAUAUACAGUAGGUUCUAUCUGGCCAGCAGGGAACCUUUACUAUUAGGAGUCAAACUCCGUGUGCCAUUGGAGAAGUGAAUUUAGGAUGGAAUCCAGUAAGAAGGUUCAUGAGAAUCUGACGCAAAACCCCAAGGCAUAGGAAGCCUUGACAACUUAGAGGGUGAGCAGCAGGAGUUGUUGGUGGGAUUUUGCAUCAUGGCAGUGUGAGUUUUAUGUUGCCUUACAGGAGUUUUAGACUUAGCUUAAUUUGCUUAGUGUAUACUUUAUAGCAACUUUAAGAGUACUUCAUAGAAAACAAAAUGACUUUUUCUUCACUGACAUUAGUUAGGUUGUAAAAUGCAAUGUAGCAGUAGAUAAAGAGUCAGAAUAGUUAAAUCACACCACAAACGUUCUUUUACUGUAACAUAAAACUUGUUUUGCUUUGCCUGUCCAACAAUAUGCAGUAUUUAUAACACAGUUUGAGAAUGGUGAUUCUAUAUUGUUAUAAAUUUUGUCAAAAAAAAAAAAGAAAAAAGAAACAUAUCCACUACAUUGUUUGUAUUUUUCUACUUUUGUUUUCUAUUGUUCUUUUUAUUAUGUUAAGUGGUUUUUAGUAGCUUCUGCCUUGCCAAAACUUUCAAUGAAUGACUAUUGCACUGAUUUCCUUGCGGUCUGUUGCACCUUUAAGAUAA